CGAGAAGAGAUGAUCACGAUUUCGGGUAUCCGAUUCACACGACAUUGUCAACUAUCAUAAACAACAACAACAUAUAUAUGAAAAUAAUUCAGCCCUGGGAAAUUUUCUCUUUCAGGAUCGUUUUCAUAAGGGUGAUUGUUUUCCUUUGACUUAUAAUUGUUGGUUAUCUACACUCUAUUCCUCGAUCACUGGUGUCCUCAAGGCGACAGGACAAUGUCAGAAACCCUGUUCCUCACAUUCCAAUCCCAACUCUCUGUUGUCAUGGAGACCAUCCUUAAAUCAGCCAUGUUCGAAAUAACCAGGCUGGUGGAGGACAGCUUCCUGGAGGAAGUGGGUCAUCGUAAACAGGAAGUGGAACUUUUGAGACGCAGGCUGCAGUUGUCCGAAAGUAAAGUGAGACAGAAGGAAUGGGAACAAGCAAGGAAAGUACAGUGCCCAGACUGUGGAUGUGGCCGAUUGGGUGACUCGAGUGACAAAGAGGAGAGCCAGACAGUGGAGACGGUUCAUGGCCCAAGCCUGAGAGAUCAGUCAAUCAAUGAGCCUUCAUUGACCCAAACCAUGUGGAGUACAAGGCAACAACUGGAGUCUAACGUGCACACUGCAACACACUUACAUUGCAAAGACAAACAUGAUGUACAAAAGCAGACUGCUAAAGAUAUCACCGCACCCAUUUCUAACACACAAAUUCCCCAGGACGCUCUGCAAAGACUUCUGGGUAAUGUCGAAGUUCACAGCGAGUCCGUGAGUGACAGGGUGAGAGAGUUAAACCAAUCUGAAAAGGACUUUACGCUUGACAAGGAAAUAAGCUCAAAUCACUCACGACUGUUACAAAGUCCUUUAUCUCAGGAUGGCCAAGAGAAUUUGGAACCAUCUUCACCGAACAAAGUCAAAUCGGAGACCGAGCCGGAUCUUCUCCCUGUCAAGGAAGAAGAAGAGAUGGUUCCGGUGUGGGAAAGCGUCAACAGAGAUGACGGUUGCCAUGGAGAAAUGUCUGAUCCGAGUCACGGAGAUCAGGAGGAGAUACAGGUAGAAAGCUUUCCAGAUCUAAACUCUCUCGACAUGCCUGACGCCACCUCAUAUUUCACACCUUAUUCAGUGAACACAUUGGUACAUCAAAGUAUUAGGGCACAACAUAGUAAUAUAUGCACAACAGAGCUGGGGCUGUCCAGGUCAAAUUUUUUUGUCCAACAAGAAAACGGACAAAUUUAUACAGGGCCCGAUGGUUCUGAAAGUUCCGCCCUCUAUUCUCAUGAUGUUGUUUGUCCGGGCGAGAAAAUAAUCAGCCAUGCACAGCCCCCCAAGCAUUUCUCCCAGGACAAACACAGGAUCCAUGCAGAAAGAUCCCACCAUUGCACCCAAUGUGGGAGAACUUUUGUGAAAGCAUGUGACCUCAGGGCCCAUAUGCUGAUCCACAAAGGCAAGAGACCUUUGAGCUGUCCCCAGUGCAAUCAGACAUUUGCGUACAACUUUGAGCUGAAAGUUCACCAGCAGCAACACUCGGGCGAGAGACCUCAUGUCUGUCCACACUGUGGCAAGGCCUUUGCCCGGCUAAGCAACUUCAAGCAGCACCAGAACAUCCACACGCGGGAGAAACUCUUCAGCUGUAAUCAAUGCGGGAUGAGGUUCAAUCGGGCCACCAACCUGCGAGUUCACAUCAGACGGCACAGCCAUGCAGGGAAGACUUACAGUUGCCCUCAGUGUGGAAAGAGCUUUCUGGGUCCCAGGCAAAUGAAGACUCAUUUACUGAAAAACCACGGAAGAGGAGGGAAAUAAAUCUAUAUGUUUUACAACCAUUUAUAUUUUAACUGAUCCUUAAUUAGUCUGUUCACAUUUAAAUGAUCUGCUUUGUUGGGUAUAUAAAAAGUUCCCCAGUCAGCAUGCUUGGUCUUGGUCUUUGAAUGAAAGACACUCCUUUUUGGUAUCUGUGCUCAAUGCAGUGACAUUACUACACGUUCAUUCUGAAUGAUCUCUAGAUCAACCAGACUGGAAGCAGACGCUAAAGAGGUCAAAAAAAAGACAAAACGUACUUGCAAGCUAAAAUAAAAGACCACUGUCCCAACUUCACAACUCUUUUAAAAUCAUUUACACAUUAAAGACACAAACCAUAUCUGGACAAAUUCGUAUGCUGUAAAUCUUUGAAUUAGGGAUGCGUAACGAUUAAAGUUUUUGUUUACAUCAUAUAAAUGUGUAGUAUAUAUAAAUGUAUAGGAGAAAAAAUAUAUUUAUAUAUAAUAUAAAUUAUACAUAAAUAUACCAAUCUAUAUACACAUCAUGUAAACAUUUCCUAAAUAUAUACAUGCAUGUGUGUGCAUUUAUCUAUACAAAGUUCACACACACACACACACACACACACACACACACACACACACACACACACACACACACACACACACACACA